GAUUAUGAUCUAUAGAUCAGUCACGCUCGCGGCACAUUAGACGUGGAAGUUGGAAGUGGUUGAAAAGAUAAAUAUGGCCUCCUCUGAUGACGUUUGUUCUCAUCGUGUUAUCAAAUGGUAGUAAAAACAUCUGGUGACAGUUUCUCGUUAUUCUUUCGAUAAUUAUUUUAAAAAGUUUUGUGAUAGAGUGUUUAAAAAGUGUAAAUCAAAAUGAUGAACAUGUGGAAAGUGCGAGAGCUCAUGGAUAAGGCAACGAAUGUAGUUAUGAAUUACACAGAAACAGAGGCAAAAGUCCGUGAAGCUACUAACGAUGAUGCGUGGGGUCCAACAGGAGCAAUGAUGCAAGAGUUAGCUCAGGCGACAUUUACAUACGAGCAAUUUCCGGAGGUGAUGUCCAUGCUUUGGAAGCGAAUGUUACAAGAAAAUAAACGUAAUUGGCGUCGAACGUACAAGGCGCUUCUUCUUUUAAAUUAUCUGGUUCGCAAUGGAUCGGAACGUGUUGUAACAUCGUCACGUGAACAUAUUUAUGACUUGAAAUCCUUUGAGAAUUACACGUAUAUCGAUGAAUUUGGCAAGGAUCAAGGUAUAAAUAUUAGGCAUAAAGUCCGGGAAUUAAUUGACUUUAUUCAAGACGAUGAUAAAUUGCGUGAUGAGAGGAAAAAAGCUAAAAAGAAUAAAGACAAGUACGUUGGCAUGUCCAGUGAAGCGAUGGGAAUGCGAUGGACGGAUAAUCCAAAAUGGAAUAAACCUAAUCAAGAUACAUACAACGAUUGGGAUAGAGAAUCAAGAGCAAAGGGUUUUGAAGAUGCAAAUAACAGCGAUGAUGGCGAAAGAGAAGAUUCCGAUAACGACGUUCGUUCCAGUCCUAGAAGAGCAGUUCGAAAAGAGUACAAGGAUACUAUUGAAAAUAUCGACAGGAUCGGCAAGAUACCGUCUUCUAUUUCUUCUAAUCCUUCACCGGCGAGGGCACCGAGACCCAUCAAAAAAGUCGAUUUGGGAGCCGCAGCCAAUUAUGGAAAAGACCAAUCAAAUGUAACACAAGGAAAUUUAAUGACGUCGCCCGUGAAACAACAGCAGCAAAAGAGCACAAAUAAUAUUUUAAACGAUUUGUUUGAGUCGAAUAAUGAGAAUGUAACUUCGAAUAUUAAUGAAAAUAACGAUGAUGAUGAUGAUGAUGACUUUAAUCCACGGGCAAACACGUGUUCAACAACUGUACCGUCACAAAAUGUAAAUAUCUCAGAUUUUGGGGAUUUCACGAGCGCAUUUGGCAAUGCAACAAAUAAAGCGAAGGAUAAUGAUGAAUUUGCCGAUUUUACGUCGGCUUUCAAUUCUGGUAUGACAAUUAAUAGUCCAAAUUCUCAAUUGCCGGGAGCAGUCAAUCUCAGUCAAUCGAUUGCCGAUAAUUUGAGUGGAUCAAUGAUUACCGGUGUACAGACGAAUGUUUCGCCAUUUGGAAAUUUGGACAGUGGAAUUGUCUCGUCGCAAAAUACUAAUUUAAUGGGAAAUAAUAUGUUUAAUUCCCUGCCAUCGCAAGGAAUUCAAUCUUGGAAUAAUGGCAAUAACGAUACAGCUUCCAAUACCGAUCUUUUGACGGAUCUUGGUGGUUUCAAUACUCCCGCAAUGUUAUCGUCAGCAAAUCAAACAAAUAAUGCAAAUAAUGCGAAUCUUUUGAAUACUAUGAGUCCUCUAAUAUCAAAUUCGACAGGAUCGAUUGGAUUGUCACCAAAUGUUUUAACACCUGUAACUAGUAAAGCAUUAAAUCAACCUUUAAGUACACCAGCGACACAAGUUGGUUUAACUUGGGCUGGUACUGGAUUAAAUAUAGACCUUGACAAUAUUAUGGGUGGAAAAUCAAAUAAAAGUGGACCAGCACCAUCGAUGAAUCAGCUAGCUAGUAAUAGUCCACAACAUCAUGCUAAACCCAUGGUCUCACCAACCAUGGGCCUUACGAGUCCAUCGAUGCAACAUCCACAAUCACCAAACGCAGCAUUUUUCUCGGCAUUUCAAUGAACUUCGGCUGGCAUUGAAAAAUUAACUUAAUAAAUUUUGGGUAGGUGUAAUAAUAAUCAAAGACUUAAAAUCAACGGCGAAAUGAUCUUUUUUUUUUGUCAAACGAACUGAAAUUGUAUACGAUAAGAAUUUUUUUCACAAUUUAAGAAAAUUUUUCCCAAUUUAAAAGAUAUUAAAAAAACAAACUUGACUUUUUCGCAUUCUAUUUUACCUUUGGUUUUAAGAUCUUCUUUUCUAAAAAAAAAAAUAUAGAUUUAUAGAAAUACUUGCUAUAGUGAAUUCACCUUGUUAAUACUAUUUUUUAUAGUCUAAUUUCUUUUAUAAGAAAAAUGAUAAUUUUUACAAUUCCUUUUUUUAAAAAGUAUAAUAAUUUUUAUAUAAGUAACGUCUUUUUGUAAGAAAGUCAUAAUUUUGUAUAUGAAUCCUUUUAUAAAAAUUGAGCAUAAUUAUAUUAAAAUGAUGCAUAAUUUCUUUUUAUAUGAAAAAAAAUAUAUAUUUUGUUUUUAUUUAUCAAUAAAAUUGUAUCAUACUUUCAUUUAAGCUCGAUUUUUAAUAGAUAAUGGGAUUUGAAUGAGAAACUAUAGCAAGUUAUCAGUAGUUAGAUUCAAAAUUGAUACGAAAGAAAAAAAAACGAAUCGCGGAUGUGUUUGCAAAGCAAACGUACCAAGUUGUUAAAUUUUUCAUCAUUACGAGAGCACUCCGAGGAAGUUAUAAUAUGUAAAUCGCAUUUAACGAAAAUUCUCUAUAUAUAUUAUUAUUAUCAAUAUGUCAUUCGAAAUAUCACGAUGUUAUUAAUAUAAUAAAAAAAAAUGUACAGUGACUUAAGAAAAACGACCGAAAGAGUGUCUCAAUUUUUAUACAUACUGUAAAAAAAUAUCUUUUUGAAUGAUAAUAAUCUUGUAAAGAAAAUAUAUUGAUGUAUUUUAUUUGUACGAAAUAUUUUACUGCACACUAUGAAAUAUACACACAAAAUAGUGUGUGUAUGUGUGUUAAACUCUCUCGAAACUCGAAAAAUAUAUCAUUCGAGAAGGAAAACUUGGAGAAAAAAUAAAAUAAAAGUUAGUAACUGUAUAAAACUUUUCACAAUAAUGUUAAAAAUGAGAUGUAAAUUUUUAUUGGUUAAGAAGAUGUGCUUCCCUAUCACAUAUUUUCUUUGCACCAAAAAUUUUAUAACUUUAUUAUUAUUAUGUAGAUUCUAGUAAAUUAAGUGAUACUUGUUAAUUUAGUCUUUCUGUGUAAGUUUGAAGUUUCAUUUUUUUCGUAAUACCGACAAAAACAUUAUUCAUCUUUUUUUUUUUUUUUUUUUUGACAAUAGAAAAUAAUAAGCUUGGAGACAUUUUUCAACUCGUAUUAUGAAUAUAAUUUUUUCUAUUAAAAAUUCGAAUAAAAAAUUUACUUUUACUCUUGUUAUUUAAAAUAUAAGUUGUGAAAUUAUUUUAAAUGUAAUAUUAAAUGUCGGUGUAUUCAUUACACAUUUAAAUAUAUUAUAAUUUUUAUUCAUUUCUCAAAAUCUGAAGGACAUUUUAGAAAUAUAAAUCAUGGGCGAAGCAUAUCUCUCACGUUACAUAAAUGCCGCCGUGUAUUAGAUAAUGCAAAAAAAAAUUUUUGUUUGACAAUGGUAAAAUUUUUUACAAGAAAAUAAAAUAAUUUUGUUUUAUCUUCUGUUCUUUUUAGUUAUAUUUCUUUUUAGAUUUCAAAUUUUUUGAUUGGUCAAAAUUAUUAAAUUUUUCAAUAAUUAAAUUCAUUUUUAAAGCAAAAAUUAAAUUCAAAAGUUGGAAAUUUAUUAACAUAUAAAACAAACAAUUAAUUUAGUUUCGUCUUUUUGCACAAAAAAAAACAAAAUUUUAUUUUCCUUCUAAAUUUUACUAAUUCAAACACUAAUUUUUAUGGCUGCUAAUCUUGAACAUGGUCACAAAUCGAUUUCAAUCUUUAAACAUGUAAUUACCGAUAACCAGACACUAACAGCUAGAUUGCCAAGUGAUUAAGUUUUAGAUAUAAGAAAAAAUUGUUUUGAUUGUAAGUUAAUUAUAAUAUACGCGUUACUUCUCUAUUCUGAAAUAUAUUUGCACAAUUAUAAUUAUAUUUACCGAGUUUAAGAAACUCUAAAAAAGCAGCUAUGAUUUUGUUAAUUAUAUACAAUUGAAAAUUAAGAAAAAUUCUAAAUAAUAGUGAUAAAUAUUUAUAAUUUAAAUAUAAUUUUAUGUAUUUGCGCUUUUCGAAAAAUUUAAUGAAUUUAUGCUCAAUUGUUUAAUAAUGUUUAAUUUUUAGAAGAAAGUUGUAGGAUUGAAAAAAAAAUUGAAUACUACUGAAAAUGAUAUUCCAGAAUAAGUGGAAACGCGAUAAUUUUAGCAAUACUUGAGAAUUUCGAUUUAAGCGUUAGGUCUAUUAAAAAAUUAAAAAAAAAAAAAUAGAAAAUAUUUAUAUUAAAUUAGAAACGACACCUUUGGCCUUGACAUAUAUUAAUUAUAUAAUACAUGCUCAAAACCACAAAGGCAUAAAAUCUUUAUACAAAGUUAGAUAAUUCGUUGCAGUCUUACUCUUAGGAUAAUUGUAAAACUUUCUCGAGACUGAACUGGUAUAGAAAUUUCUUUUAAAUUUUACAUUUGACCCUGCAUUUAAAACAAAAUAUAAUUUUGAUAGAAUACAUUUUUCAAAUAUCAAUUCUAGUACAAAAAAAAAUUGAUUACUUCUUCAACUUUUAAUUUUAAUUCUUAUUUUAAAUUAAUUUGAAAAAAAAUCCAUAUUUGUUAAAAAAAAAAACAUAUCUUUCAUCGAGAAUUGUUAUUAGUAAAAUUUUUACUCCACAAGGGAACAAAAUUUCUUCACAAGAAUUCCAAGUACCGAGAAAAGUUGAGCUGAGGAGAUGGAAAUUAAAAAAAAAAAGAA